CAGACAACUCGGAUUUAGGAUUUUUCCCACCUCAACCCGGAAAAUAAAUGUUUGAAACUGCGCUCUUUUAUUGUUUUCUAAAACCUCUAAAUGUUUAAAUGAUUAGUAACAUCAAUGUUUUAAUGUAACGUUAUACUUGUAAUGUUACUUGAUUCAGACGUUAUUUAUUUCCGGUUUUGAGUUGGAAAAUAUCGUAAAUUCGAGUUGUCUGGACGCAACAUACUGUAAUUUCAACACCAUCUAACAGUUACAAACAUUGAGUAAAAUUGUGAACGUGUCUCUUUAAGGAUUUGCAACGCUUCCGGUUGUAACUGUUAUUAUGGUUGCACUAUGGACUUUAAACAAACUCGCUGAAUGUAAUGCUUGUGUGUCGCUUAUUCCAAAUAAUAAAGCAGCGAAAUGAUUUGCAUCUUGUUGGUUGCAGGGCACGGCACGAUUUUAGAGACACAGAUUAAGAGUGAUGUUACAGGCCUGUAUGCUCAUCUGACCGGUGUGCCCAAAGCUCUUUUACCUGGAGUGGGGGGAAAGAAAAUAUUGGAUUUCUGGUGGGAAACCGUUAACACGCGUCAGCUCUUCAAUGAAGUCUAUUUAGUCACAAAUGCUGAUAAAUACAAGCACUAUGAGCGGUGGGCAACGGCAAAUGACUUUCCAGUGGAGAAUGUUGUUAAUGAUGGCAGCACGACUCUAGAUGACCGACUCGGUGCUGUUGCUGACCUUGAGUUGGCCAUUCGAAGCCGGCAGUUACAAGAUGACAUCAUGGUGAUCGCAGGAGACAUGCUUUGUGCCGAUCAGAAUUUUGACAUUGCUCAAGUCAUUCGCUUUUUCAGGUCUAAGCCUGGAGAACUUGCAAUAUAUUAUGAACUGGAGACAGGAGAGAAGAGCUACACCAGAGGAAUUGUUGAAGUGUGUCCUAAUACUCAUCGGGUCAUCCGCUUCCUUGAAAAGCCUCAGGAGGGCGUCACUGCAUCUCGUCUCGCCAGCGUUGUCUUCUACUGUCUGCGUAAAGAGUCAUUACCAUACAUCUCCGAAUUCCUCUGCAACCACCCAGACGUUAAAGACAGAACCUUUGGAAAGUUUUGGGAAUGGCUUGUAAAUGAGGAGAAAGUGCCUGUCUAUGGGAUGAAGUUGCCAACAGGAUUUCAGCUAAUUGGUCAAGUGGGUCUGUCCGACUACACAAAAUGGCUUGCUCACUAUUCUUCAAAGCAACAGUUGUCCCCAUCUAAACCUAUUACGUGCCGCUCUUAUGCCAGAGUUGGACUCAUGGGGAACCCAUCUGAUGGCUUCAAUGGAAAAACCAUUGCAAUGACCAUUGCUAACUUCUGGGCUGAAGUCACGAUGGUUGAGAGCCAGACUUUGGGCCUUCUACCUCAUCCUCUGAAUGACCCGACAGAGUUUGGAAGCUUGCAGGAUCUUUUCCGGAUCAGCCGCAAGGAAGGGUACUUAGGAGGUCUGAGACUUCUACAAGCCACCUGUAAAAAGUUUUACCAGUUCUGUUCAGAACAAGGCAUUGCUUUAUCCAAGCAGAAUUUUACUCUUAAAUAUGACACAAACAUUCCUCGGCAAGUGGGCUUAGCUGGUAGUAGUGCUAUCGUGUCGGCCACCUUGAAGUGCCUGAUGAAGUUUUACAACAUUACAGACAAUGAUCUUCCUAAACCAGUCAGAGCCAAUUUCAUCCUCAAUGUUGAGACUGAUGAGCUCUUCAUUACUGCCGGUCUACAGGACAGGGUUGUGCAGGUCUAUGAAGGCUUGGUUUACAUGGACUUUAGCAAGCAGCUAAUGGAUGACCGUGGUUAUGGAGAGUAUAUUCCCCUGGAUAUGACUGAUCUUCCUUUAUUUUGGCUGGCCUACUUGGGUGAUCCAAGUGACUCUGGACGGAUUCACAGCAAUGUUAGACAGCGCUGGCUGAACGGUGAAUCUGUUGUGGUUGAAGCAAUGAAAUCGUUUGCUGACCUGACAGACCAAGCCCGGGCUGCUUUUCAGUGUAAAGAUUGGCCCAGACUUGCACAGCUCAUGGAUGAAAACUUUCAGUUAAGACGGUCUGUUUAUACUGAUGACUGUUUGGGCCCAGGAAAUCUAAAAAUGGCAAAUCUUGCGAAACAGUUUGGAUCUGCAGUAAAGUUGCCUGGCAGUGGUGGCGCUGUGGUGGGCUUGUGUCUGGACCAUGAACGACUGGUGGAGAUGAAGAGGGCUUUCCAAGAGGCUGGAUGUGUGUUUUGUCUUAUUGUGCCUUAUGAUCCAUCAGGGCAGGGUCAUAACUGAUUGAUUACUCAAAGAAAAGAUCCUGUAUUUUUUUAUUCGAAGUCCAAAAAGCUUUUUUAAAAGCUUUGGUAGAGGGACAGGCAAUACGUUUCAACUUGUUUCAGGCUUGUACAUCACACUGCAGCAUUCUUUAGUGGUAGAUGUGAGUGGGUGGGGCUACAGUUUUUGUAAGUAUGAGAAACAAUUGACUUUGUAAUGGUAGCCUUUCACACCCAUCCUGCUGUAUCGUAAAGAUUUUCUGAAAACAUCAGGCAAAAAUCUUUGUAGCAGUAGACACGAUUCCUAUAGCGAAUGGAUUGUUUUUUCAUUAAAUAUACAGUCCAAACUA